AUGUUCUCCAGUUCCAAGUCCACCAAGCCCGACGUGGCUACUAUCAAGCAACAACUUCAAACGCAAAUCAGUCAAGAAUUAGCCGUUCAAAACGCCACAGAAUUGGUUUCCAAGAUCACAGAUAAUUGCUUUGAAAUGUGCAUCAAUAACCCUCCACAAGAAACAUUGAGUGGUAGAGAGAAUGCCUGUGUUGAUCAGUGCUUGGAAAAGUAUAUGAGAUCAUGGAAUAUAAUUUCCAAGACAUAUAUCUCCAGAAUCCAGCAACAAAACAAGAUCUAA